AUGGCACUUGUCUUACGUCAGGCUGCCUCUUCGAGUCCCAAGAACCGCCUUUCCAAAGCCCUGGACGACUUCGAAGCCCAUCUGGACAAAAACUGCAAGGUCGUAUUCGAGAAGGAGCGCCGCCAGAGUCAACCUACUCUCGAGGAUGUCUUGAGCUUCACGGAAAGACUUGACAAGGAAAAUGAGCAACGUCGUUGUAAAGGCGUUGGACCACGCCUCAAUACGAUCCUCGAAGCGGUACACCAAUUCUCGGGUGUGAUUGAUACGGUGGUAGGAGGAUCUCAAUCUAAGCUGGCCGGUCUCCUAUGGGGUGCCAUCAAAACGACCUUGUUAGUUAUGCAAAAUUCGUCCUCCUAUUUCGACAAGCUAUCCGACCUUCUCAUGCACGUCGGCAGAAGCUGUCCACGCUUUCAGGAAUAUGGUCUUCUAUAUUCCACUUCGGCCAAGUUGCAGCUUGCCCUAUGCGGUUACUUCACCGUUGUAGUAAGGCUCUGCCAGGAUGCAGUCAAUUUCAUCACGAAGUCCUUGGUUGCACAGCUGUCAGCCACUAUUUUUGACCCUUUCCAGACCGGAUUUGGGCAAUACGAAAACGAACUCACGCGCCACGGCAAAGCCAUUCGAGAUGAGGUACGUCUGGCAGGCAUUAAGGAGCAACAGCUCGUCAACACGAAGAACGAGAGCUUUCAUCGCAAAUAUCUUGCGGAGAAUCGCAAGAACAAGAGCGAAAAAGCAAAACGCCGCUUUCUCGAAGCCUGUUCUCAGUACGACUAUAAACCAGCAUUCCUUCAAGCUCUUGGUCGUGGUCAGAGCAGCUGGAUACUUCACACCACAGAGUACAUGAAAUGGACUGAACCCGCUUCGAGCAUUAUCUGGUGUAUUGGUAAACUGGGUUCGGGAAAGACUGUUCUCACAGCCAAUCUGGUACGGAACAUUCUCCGCAUGGCAUCGAGUCAAAGACCGUCUGCUAUAGCCAGUUACCACUUCUGCAGGUACGAUGAGGCAAGGUCGCUCAAUGUUCGGACCAUUGUCGGCAGUAUCGCACGACAGCUGCUUCUUUCAGCACCACCAAAAGCCUUUGCAAACUUGGAAGUGGACUGGUUUUCCCUUGACUCGGACCAGAUUAUGGAAAUUAUGCGAAAGUUGCUGCCUCCUGGUACUCAGGAAUACUUCGUCGUCAUCGAUGAACUAGACGAAUGUGACACCCCCGAGUCUCUCCUUGUGUAUCUCAAAGAACUGCUCACAUUUGAUCGCAGAAUUCACGUUUUCUGCUCGUGUCGCCCAGAUACGUACCAAAGGCUUUCCCCAGACUUGGAGCCCAGAUACACCGUAUCAAUGUUGAAUAACACUGAACUUGAGGGGUACAUCAAGACCGAGUUGGAGAGGCGCGUUGCGAAUGGUGUCCUGCGAGUGGGAGACAGAAGUAUCAUUCCAAAAAUGCGCGAUGCUUUAGUCCAGGGCAGUCAAGGAAUGUUUCUCUGGGUCGCUUUUCAACUUGAAUCGAUAUGCUCCGAAGAAACAGACCGAGGGAUCAUGGAAGCCCUUGGUCUAUUACCAAAGGACCUACCAGAAACAUAUGACCGCAUCCUCGGGAAGUUGCAGCGCGGUAAGAGGGGUGCAGUCCUUCGAGAAGGGUUGCUCAAAAUCCUUUCUACAGCACGGCGCCCAUUGAAACUAGAGGAGUUUCGCGAGGCGCUGAGUAUAGAUCCUGGUAAAACGAUCUGGCCAGCGGAUAGCUUGAUCAACGAUAUCGAAGGGGCCAUUCCUCGCCUAUGCGGCAGUCUGGUCAUUGUCGCCGAAGGCGAGGGUACUGUACAUUUUGCCCAUCACAGCGUGAAACAACACCUGCUAUCCCACGCUCAGGGACGGGCUGGCCUCCUGCGCAUUGACUCUUCGCAGGCUGACUCGUAUCUUGGAGACAUUUGUGUAACCUACCUGAACCUCAAUGUCUUCGAAACACAGAUUUUCAAAGUACAGACGCGUAAACCAUUGGUGGUGACGAAUAUCUCCAACACCAUAGCUCGAAAUUCCUACUCUACAACUGUGCAGAACCUGGCGUGGGCCUUUUCCAAGGUUAAAGGGCUCUCGCAACGAGACUCUUGGGUCGACCUACACAUAACGCCAACAAGUUCGUCAACACCGUUUCGGUACGAGUACGCUUUUCUCGACUAUGCAGCAUGGUUUUGGCUAGAUCACAUUGAAGGCUUCCGACAUGCUACGAACACGGAAACAUACGAACUCUUCCAUCGCCUGGUUAGGGACCAGGUGAGUAUCUCAAAGCCACCGUGGGAAUUGACUCUCGACCAUGAAGGUGGUCUAAAACCGGUUCCGCGGUUGUGCUGGGCUGUAUCAAGGGAGCGAGUAGAUUUGGUUGAGGCGUUGCUUAACAUGAACGAGGUCGAUGUCAACCUCCAGGACUCCGAUGGAAAUCCCGCGUUGUCCUUCGCUGCGUGUUCUGGUCAAGACGCCGUGGCAAGGCCACUAUUGCUGGCGGGCGCCGACGCAGGUUUACCAAAUGCGAAAGGGUGGACGCCGUUGAUUCAAGCUGCGAGAUAUGGUCACGAGUCGACUGUACGCCUCCUGUUGGACCACGUCAAAUACGAUGCCAAGGUAAUUGCGCAUAGAGACUGGUAUGACUGGACGGUGCUCCAUCAUGCGGCCGCGGCGGGUCAUGAAGGUGUCGUCAAACUGCUUUUGGGACUGGACGGUGCCUGCAUAGAUGCUGCGGACAAGUCUGGCAUGACGCCACUCGCGAGUGCCGCAAAGAACGGGCAUGGAGGUGUCUGCAGCCUGUUGCUCGCUCGUGGCGCAGCAGGCAUGGACCAGAGAGACCGCCAAUAUUCGAGAACGCCGUUGUCAUGGGCGGCGGUUUCUGGCCAUGAAAAGGUGGUUGCAAUUCUCCUCGAGCAGGAUGGCGCCGACCCUUGGUCGAAGGAUAUUGACUGUCGGAUGCCAAUGUCACACGCAAUGGAGCAAGGCCACAAAGGAGUGGAAGAGCUACUCAGAGCCUUUCGAGCUGCUGGGGGGUCGAGACGGGCAAGUCAACGUACCAAAAAUCAGGGCCUAGCAAUUGGCCAAACGAUGACAUUUUUGCGCAAGCCACUUGCAACAAGACAAAACAGCCACGAUCGGUGA